CUUCUUUUAAUAUCCACUUUCUUUUCUAUCCGACACAAUGGCUGGUGGCGACGCUAAGAAGGGUGCUUCCCUCUUCAAGACCCGCUGUGCGCAGUGCCACACUGUCGAGGCCGGCGGCGGUAACAAGAUCGGCCCUGCUCUGCACGGCCUCUUCGGCCGCAAGUCCGGCAGCGUCGAGGGCUACUCCUACACCGACGCCAACAAGCAGAAGGGCGUUACCUGGGACGACAAGAGCCUGUUCGACUACCUUGAGAACCCCAAGAAGUACAUCCCCGGCACCAAGAUGGCCUUCGGCGGUCUCAAGAAGGAGAAGGACCGCAAAGACCUCAUCGCCUACCUCAAGGAGUCCACUGCUUAGACUACGACCCUCCUGUGCUCAUCUCAUGACCGCCGGAGGUCGUGUGUACUCAUUCAUACCAUACACAGAACUGACAACAAAAAACGAACGAGAAACGACGGAAUCGAUUUGAAAUAUUUUGGGGGAUUAGGACGGCUUGCUGCCUUAGACAGGCGCAUUUCAAGCGAUUCCUUUCCUGUUAAUGUAACUCCUUUGUUGUACCAUAGACCAGAGCCAUUGCGUGAGAACUACCCGACACUCUCACAUCUAGCAUAUGUUUCCCCCGGGAUGGCAUCUCCAUCCCUGUGAAUACCUACCUCAUCUCCUCUUUUUGCA